AUGGCGAUGAUGCUGGCCAACAGUUGGCAACGACUCUCAUCCAACGGAGUAACAACCGACUGUCAAAACAUUCAAGGUGCAUCAAAUAACCAAAUAGAUGAUGCUUCAAAUCAGAAAGACAUUGAGUUACAAGCUUCAAAUAAGAUUGUUGAAAAUGAUUUUAUGGAUGAAGAAUUUGAUCAAGAUAGUGAAAGUGAAUCUCCUAAUGCUAAGAAGAAAACUAGAGGCCCUACAUUUAUGAAAGACAUUUGGUGUCGACCUAGUACGCUGCCACGUAUUAAGAGCCAAUGUGAUGGUACUUUGGCAAGAAAUGGUAAAUUUUGUCCAAUUGACGUGGAAGAUUGGCAUAAAAUGCCCCUGGAAAAUAAGAAAAAUAUGUUAGAUGUUAUAAAGGAAAAGUAUGACCUUCCUCCUGAAACAGAAAGUUGGACACUACGUUCAAUAUCAAAAAAAUGGAGAAAUUGGAAGUCAGAACUUAAAAAGAAGUAUUAUGAUCCUGAGUUACCAAUGCAAGUUCUUCUGGAAGAAAGAGAUAACAGAGCUUUGGUAGAGCAAUAUGUGAAAUUAGUUAUCCAGUGGAAUUCAGAAAAAUCAAAGGGAAAAGAAAGGGGACGCCCUCCAUCACGAGUCGAAUUAUUCCAUGCUUGCUUUACUCAUGCUAAUGGAAGCCCCUCAAGCAACAUUGUGGCGAAAAAAUUGGCUGCAAUGAAAGAACUAGAAAAUCAACUUCCUGAAGACGAGGAUGAUCAAGUUGGUCAAAAUGACAUAUUUGCUCAAAUCAUUGGAUCAGAUAGACCAGGUCGAAUACGUAUGUUUGGUGAUGGUGUUAACCCAUCUGUUUUAUGGGGAGAAGUUCCAAGCCGUAGUACAUGCAACCGAAUAGUGAUGGAGCAAAGGACAAAGUUAGAAAAAAUGGAUGAACAAGUUGGAUGCUCUGUCUCGAUAAAAAGUCUAUUUGAUUCGAUGAAAAUUAUGGCAAAAGGAGUUGUUCAUAGCAUGGAUCCAAAUACUGAAGUAGGAAGACAGGCAUUGGGACCAAAUUGGUGUGAAAUACAAGUUCUAGUUGUCUUAGAACGGGAAGAGAGUUUGAUUAGGCCAUAUGAUCUUUUACAAAGGUUUGAGGAUACACUUGGAGGAAUGAUAGCUUGGCCUUGCCAUCUGUUGACAGUUAAUGAAGAAGACUUCUACUAG